CGGGAGGCAAAGAGAAUUUUCAACUAGGGGCCGGGUAUGGGUUUACGGGGACCGGGGCCGCGAACCCAUUACCCACGGCCAGUUUUUUUCUUCUUUUUUUAAGGGUCUGAACCCACGGCCAGUUCAGUCAAACCAACCACCAAAAUCUCAAUCCCAUUACUGUCAGUCACUCUCCCUCAUCGUUUCCUCUCUGCUCCGAGUCGCAGUAGCUCUGAGUUUCGGGCUUCAAUGGCGUCACCGCUCGUUGAUAAAGAGUACCUCAAAGAAAUCGAGAAGGCUCGCUGUGAUCUCCGUGCUCUGAUAUACAGCAGAAGCUGUGCUCCCCUCAUGCUUCGCUUAGCAUGGCACGAUGCUGGCACCUACGACGCCAAGACGAAGACGGGUGGGCCUAAUGGGUCGAUUAGAACUGAGGAAGAGUACUCUCAUGGUUCUAAUAAUGGCUUGAAGAAGGCUAUCGAUUUUUGCGAGGAAGUGAAGUCUAAGCAUCCAAGGAUUUCAUAUGCAGACCUUUACCAGCUUGCGGGUGUUGUUGCAGUUGAGCUGACUGGAGGCCCCACCAUUGAUUUUUCUCCUGGCAGAAAGGAUUCAAAAAUCUCUCCUAAGGAAGGACGGCUUCCAGAUGCUAAACGAGGUGCACCACAUCUGAGGGAAAAAUUCUACAGAAUGGGGUUGUCUGACAAGGAUAUUGUUGCACUAUCUGGGGGUCAUACACUGGGAAGGGCACAUCUUGAGAGAUCUGGUUUUGAUGGUCCUUGGACUAAGGAACCUCUGCAGUUCGAUAACUCAUACUUUGUGGAACUGUUAAAUGGGGAAUCAGAGGGGCUGUUGAAACUUCCAACAGAUGCAGCUUUAGUGGAAGAUCCUGAGUUCCGUAAAUAUGUUGAUCUGUAUGCGAAGGAUGAAGAUGCAUUUUUUAGAGAUUAUGCUGAAUCACAUAAGAAACUUUCAGAGCUUGGGUUUGCUCCAAUCUCCUCUUCUACUAAGACAGCAAAGGACAGCACCAUACUGGCACAAGGUGCAGUAGGAGUUGCAGUUGCUGCUGCUGUUGUGAUCCUAGGCUACUUGUAUGAAGCUAAGAAAAGACUGAAGUAGACUUGCUUAGCCGAUUACCUUGUUUUUUUCUUUUACGGCUGGAGAUUACCUUGAUCCCCUAUGAAUAAAUGACAUUGAUUAUGAUUAUAGCUGUUGGUUUUUCUUUGGGUUUAACCGAGAGGUUUGUAUAACAAGGAGGAUUGUCACAUGCCUUUUCAGCUUGGUAGCUAUAUUGGUGUAGUAGAAAGAUACUAGUGAACUUUUUCUUCAUUUUGAAGUAAAUAACGUAACGCACGGAUUACUCUUUCAAAGAAA